UAAUUUUCUGGUUUGUUUUGAUUUGCGGCAACUGUUUCUGUUUUUUGUUUUAGAUUGCUUCUCCUAAAUAUAACUUAUAUUACUCAUAUUUCAAUUUAAUUUUAGGUUUGUCAAUGAAUUUUAUGCCAUGUGAUGCCACUGGUGAGGCGCUAAUAAUGAUUCUAACUUGUGACAAAUAAAGAAGUAGCUCAACUCUAAAGGGAACCAAAGUUAAUUUUACAUUUGUUCACAAUGGAUAUACUCAACUUCAAUCUGGUCCAAAAAACUGCGGAAUAUAAACAAUUCAUCACCAAAAGGAGUCUCAAGCAAAUUAUUCAAUAUUGAACAUCUUAAACAUCAAUUUUUCAGGAUCUAAGUAGCAAAUGUUGAUCACUAAGCUGUAUAAAUUAUUUGCCAGAUUAUCAAGAGGCACAAGCUCAUUCCAAAUUGUUUUGAUAUCUAUUGGCUUGCAUUGUCUGGCAUCCAUAUUGAUAAUUUAUUUUCAUUUAUCUCAAUAUUUAGACGAAAGUAGAAGAUCUGAACCUUUUGCUAUUCCUAAACAAGGAGGAAUCACUUUGCAUCGCAGAAUAGAUGGAGUCAACUUGAUAGUCAAUGACAUUAUCGAUGAAAAGAAUAUCACUUAUCAUGGAUGGUGGCUUGACCAUUACAAGUUCCACCAUAGUAUUCAAUGUUUCGAAAGUAAAUUGGUUAAAUGUGUCACCGUUUUUUCAACUGAGUGUAAGAUUGAUGGUGUCCGAGCAAUGUAUCAAUAUAUUCCAAUCAAAAGAGGCUAUCCUUUGACUUCAAUCGAGAUUUCUUUAAAAUCUUUCGCUCCGCAUCUUACUGAACAAACUGACGAAGGAGUCUAUGGACUACAUGCAUUGAUUCAUUUAACAAGUGGACAAUCUGAAUAUGCGAGAAUUAAUUUUCCUGCAAAUCUUGAUGAUUGGACUAAACGAACAACAUCUUAUUCUACUCCACCUGGAACCUCAAUUGUUGAAAUUACCAUAAUGGUGCUCUGUUUUGGUUACACAGGAACAGUCUCUUUCUCCGAAAUUCUAAUAGUUCCUAAUGAGCUCAAAGCUACACAAAAACGCAAUGAUCUUGUAGCUGACUGUGUUUCUGAUGGAUAUGAAGAUAGACCAUUGAGUGAUUCACCAAAAUGCAAAACUAUCAACUUCCCUUUACCAGAACCAACCGAUAAAUUUAACGAACAUUCAAUUACUUUAAUAACUCAAGUUUCAAUGGAUCGAAUCUCAAUAUUAGAGAAAACGUUAUCAUCUUGGGAUGGUCCUGUAUCGAUUUCAAUUUUUGUUCCUAUCAAUAACACAAAUGAAGGGUUGAAAGAUUGGCAGAGCUUAUACUUGGAAAAAAAACUACGAAAGUUGCAACUUUGCCAUAAAAGUAGUAUUUCAAUAAUGCUUUGUCCCACUGAUGAUCAAAUGUAUCCUAUUAAUAAGAUGAGAAAUAUUGCGAUUGCAAAUGCGAAAACUCGUUUCAUUAUGCUGCUUGACGCCGAUUUUCAACCUUCACCUGAUUUGGAAAAAGAAUUCGUCCAAAAUAUUCAAGGGAUUGAUGUUUCAUCCAAAGCGUUUGUAGUCCCAGCUUUUGAAUACGUUGAAGCCCCUAAGGUCAAUGAAGCAAGUCCUCGAAAUAAAGAGGAGUUACUGCAAUUAAUUUUCAGAGAAGAUCCAUUGAUCAAUCCAUUCAGGUUAACUGAGUCCGUCGAUGCUCAUAAAUUAACUAAUUAUUGGAAAUGGUAUUCAAGUAGUAAAACUUUCCCCGUUAUACAGUUUUCGGACAAAUACGAGCCAUAUUUAAUUUUAGAAAAAACCAAAAAUAUGCCCUUAUUCGAUGAACGAUUUUCUGGAUAUGGAAUGAAUAAAGUCACUCAUACUACCGAGCUUUUUGCCUCUCAUUAUACUUUAUCAGUGCUUCCUAAGGCCUGGGUUAUUCAUCUACCUCAUAGACCAUCAACUUACAAUCAAGAUUUUCUUCAGAACUCCGAUCGAAGAUUGCGGAAUCGUGCUCAACGUUUCCAAUUUAUUAAAAACAUCAUUGAAAAGUACAAAAUCAAACAAACAGCCUGCUAAUAAAGACUGCUUAUACUUUAUAAUCUGCAUACAAAUGUAAUCUUUAUACAAACUUGAGAAAAUUUCAAAUUCACUUUUUCUUUUACGCAUGAAGAGCUGAAACGAAACUGUACAAACUUUUUUUAAUGUUUAUUUCGUAUUUAUUUGUAGUGAUUUUUCAGCUUUGAAUUGAAUUUUAAUGGAGAUCGCAAUGUUUGUCCAGAUGCAUUUUAGUUGUAUAAUGGAUGGCAUGAAAAAUAUUAGCUCUUCAUUGAAAUGAUCCGAGUUGCGAUUGUAAAUUUUAACGUUGCAAUAAUUAAAUUAAAUAUGUGAAUACUAA